GCGCGCCUGUCUGUUUGACAGUACUCGCAGAACUUUCCCGCGCAACGCACGCGCACUGUCAACGUAUUACAACAGUCGGAAGCGUUCCGAAAUUACGUGAUUCCAUUAAACGCACAUUCCCAUUCAAUAGUGUAGUCGAUAUUCCUUUAUUAUUUUAGCAAUACAUUACUUAAUCGGGUGUAUAACAAUACCUGUGUUUGUUUAUUGUGCUAUCGCGUAAUACACCGAGUGAAGCAAAAGAACGAAGGACGGAAAAACAGCUGAUUAUAUUCUUUUGGGGUAAUAUGCGUCGACUGUACCUGACAGAUAGACAUUUGCGUGUGAUGCUGUGGUGCAUACUUCUGGGAUUGCAACCGACGUUCGCCGGUAUACUGGACCCCUUCAACUGGGCACGCUCUGACCGUAUCGAGGUCAACAUUCCUUGGUUACCUUUUGAAAAUGAAACUCGAUGUUACGACGAACUCGGCUGUUUGAACAUCACAAGAAGUUGGUAUCAUCUGAUUCAUCGACCAUUCAAUGUUUUUCCUCUGCCUAGAGUCGUUAUUAACACCAGAUUCAUUUUAUACACUAAGAAGAAUCCAACAGACGGUCAGAUAUUAAAUGUAAAUAUGAAUAAAACAAUAAUCAAGUCCAACUUCAGCCCAAAACGUUUGACAAAGUUGAUAAUACACGGCUUCAUAGACACGCCGCUAUCCAACUGGGUAAGCGAGAUGAAAGACGAGCUCGUGAAAGCAGAUGACUUCAACGUGAUUGUAGUGGACUGGGCCGGCGGCAGUCUGCCGCUCUACACGCAGGCCACCGCCAACACGCGGCUGGUAGGCUUAGAAGUGGCGCACUUUAUUAACACCUUACAGAAAGAUCAUGGUUUAAAUCCACUUGAUGUACACAUCAUUGGCCACUCUUUGGGCGCGCACACGGCUGGCUACGCCGGAGAGAGAAUUCAAGGAUUAGGAAGGAUAACUGGUCUCGAUCCAGCCGAACCAUAUUUCCAAGGAAUGCCAACACAUGUUAGAUUAGAUCCUACUGACGCUGAAUUCGUUGAUGUCAUCCACACUGACGGCAAAAGCAUUUUCUUAUUAGAUUUUGUAUUUAUGGCAGGAUAUGGGAUGUCGCAGCCGGUAGGGCAUUUAGAUUUUUACCCCAACAAUGGGAAAGAGCAACCCGGCUGUGACCUCACUGAAGGCCCUCUGAUACCGCUCACACUCGUCAAGCAAGGCCUAGAGGAGGCCUCCAGAGUGCUCGUCGCCUGUAACCACGUCAGAGCUAUCAAACUGUUCACAGAAUCUAUUAAUGGAAAAUGUCCCUACAUUGGUCACCAAUGUCCAUCUUAUCAACACUUUAUUUCUGGAAAAUGUUUCCAUUGUGGGCAUGGUUGUGCCAUAAUGGGAUUCCACGCAGACAGUUCUCCGGGUCUUAUAGCUAACAAAAACAAUCAGUCGGAAAACGAGGUUUAUCCGUCCGAAGAACAAGAAACUAUUGGCGCUAAAUACUUUUUAAGUACUGGAAAAGAACAACCAUUUUGUCACCGACACUAUAAAGUUGCAAUACAAUUGGCCAACCCAAAAGGAGCUGAAUCUUGGGUUCAGGGUUUCCUUAAAGUAACACUAAUGUCGGAGAGAGGGGUAAUCAGAGGGAUGGAUUUGACACCGAGUAAUUAUGUCAAAUUAGAACAUGGAACAACAUACACAAUAGUAGUCACUCAUCCUGUAGAUUUAGGCGGUAAAAUAAGAAAAGUAGAGUUAUCGUGGGAGUACGACAUGAAUGUACUGGAGCCGCGAUCUCUUUGUAUCUUAUGGUGCAAUGACCGACUCUACGUAAAGUCGGUUCUCGUAGACCAGAUGGAGAUGCCAAGUAGAGGGAAGAGAAAUGUAGAUUUCAGCAGUAAAUUGUGCACGCCGAAACGUGAAUUUGCAGAAAUUCCCAAUAGGGGAUCCGCAAGUUUCUAUGACAACUGCAGCAGAUAGCCAACGUGCCAUACAAAUGACGCUAGCACCAUUAUUUAUUACAAAUUAAUAAGGAAAGCUUUAAGUCAUCAAAAUUGUGAUGGAUCAGCCUAUUUUAAAGUGUGUUUUGUGGUUAGAUCUCUUUGUGACGGCGUAUUUAUACCCAAUGACUUUAUUAGUUAUAAACUUGGUUUCCAUUAUGUGAUGUUUGUUUGAAUCCAUGACUUGUGAUGAAGAAUACUCUUAACAAUAUUUGUCUGUGAGUUUCAUUUUAUCUCUUCAUUUAACAUUGUCAAGCUACUGUGAGUAUUUUUGUUGAUUAAGUUUAUGAUCAACGAUUUUGUAAAUAUGAUACACUAUGAAUUUAAUGUUAAGAUUUAAAUAGUUUAAAAUGU